UUUUCUGAAAUUUUAUAUUACACGUAACUAAAAUAUUAUUUUAUUUAACAUAUUUUAAUUUAUUUUUUAUUUUAAAAACUUGUGAUUUUUAUUAAAUUAUAUUUAAGAGAAAAAAGUUUAAAAUGCUUAUGGCGCAAAUAAAAAUUAAAGAAAUAAAAAGAAUUCAAAAAAUUUUAAAAGUAUUUAAAAAAAAAUCUAUUACAACCACUCUGUAAGUCAUAAAACCACAACAACACUACAAAACAAAUACUUGCCUUCGUUACAAAUAUGUAAAUAGAGUUGCCAGUUCUAGUACCUAUUUUGAGUUAGGUAUUUUAAGUGAUGUUGUAAAAAAUAAAACUAAUCCAAAACUAAAAACUGAACUUUAAUUAUUUGUAUAUAUAGAAACUUAAGUGCUUUCCUAAAAUUUGCAGUAUAAUUUGAACACAGCUGACUAUUCAUUGCUGUCAGUUUGACAUUUCUUGUAUUUAUUUUUCGCAUAGCUUGUUUAUUGUUGUGUGUACACUUUUGUGUAUUUUCAGCUGAUGCUGAUUUUAGUUGUUUUUGUGUUUUUGAAAGGUAUUUAAAGUAAAUCUAGGAGGAAUUAUUGUGUUUACUAUAAAAAAGAGAGUAUUUUACAACGUUUGCAAUGACUUGUUUGCUUUGCAUGGAGGAUGCCACAACGCCGGCACAACGUUUCAUUGAUAUUUUCUCUGAAGAAGGUUGCCAAAUGACAGUCUGCAGCAUUAUAGCUAAACAUCUUUGGUUGAAACCGGAACGAGAUAUAUGUACGGGGCAACGCAUUUGCUGGACAUGUUGGGAGGCUUUACGUGAUUUUCAUAAAUUUUAUCAACGUAUAGCUGCGAUACAUAAUCAUGCUGAUUGGAAGACUCCAUUUGUUCAUAUUGAGCAUGAAGACGAUCCAUUGCCACAGGAAAUUCAUAUAAAAUCGGAAGUUACGGAUGAUGCCGAAGAAAAACUGCAGAAUUCCAUAAAUGUGGGAGAGAACAUGUUCGAGUCAGAAGCAAUAUUGGAAGUGGCAUACACACCUACAGAUUUAUUACCGCAAGUCGAAAUUAUCGAGGGGAGCAAACCAAUAAGUGAAAAAGUGCAAUCCGCGAAGCGUCGAGGUCGUCCACCAAAAGAUGCAAAUGCGAAACUAUCAGCAACUACUAAAGGUGUUAAAAAAUUACCAACACAACGUAAACACAAAGAUCACAUUAAAAACAAACACGAUCCGGAGAGCACAAUUAUUUGUGACAAAUGUGGCAAGCAAGUGCCCGCGCAGGACAUGAAGGAACACAAUAAACUGGAGCAUUCCAAAGUGCCGCGACCUAUUCCACCUAAGCCAAGGCAGUGUCAGUUAUGUGGCACUUGGUUGCGACACAUGUCUGCCCUUAAACAGCAUAUGAAAACAAUUCAUGCAGGUCCGUGCGGUGAACAUCCUUGUCAGAAUUGUAAACAAGUUUUGACGUCGGCACGAGCACUUAAGCGCCACGUUUACCUCAAUCAUGAAAGCGAAGGCAAAUUCAAAUGUACAAUGUGCGAGAAGACAUUCAAGCGCCCAAAGGAACUUAAGGAACACACCACAACACAUACCGGUGAAGUGUUAUACACGUGUACCGAUACGGCAAGUGCAACAAGAGAUUUUAUCGCGCCAAGGAUUAACGCAAGUGACAGUACGAUUAGUGCGGAAUGUGACAAUGCCAAUCCGUCCACAAUGUACGAGAAAGCAUUCCAGCACCCACAGUAUCUUAAAGAACAUACCUCAACACAUACCGGUGAAGUGUUCUACACAUGUCCUGAAACAAUAGGGGCAACAAGGGAUUUUUUCGCACAGAAGAUUGAGGCAUGUGACAGUACGCUUAGUACAGAAGGUGGCAGUGCAAAAUCGGAUUCCGUGCCACAACUUUUAGAAAUGACAUUUCUAUAAGAUUCUGCUGUUAUAUUUUAUUUCUUACGUGCAAUUCAAAAAUUAUACAACAAAUGAUGCAUGUAGUAUUAUAUUUAUAAUUUAAAAACAAAAAUAUUUUAAAAUAAAAUAAAAAAAAUUAAAUCUCCCCGACGGGGAAUUGAA